CCCGCGCUAAACUCAGCGGUUUACGAGUAGUAGUUUAUUCGCUCGUCUCCUCGGGGGAGUCCAAACCCUAGGCUCUUCCUCCCCAGCGAUGCACCCGGCGGGGGCGGUGGUGGCGCCGGCGGCGGGCGCGCCCGCUCGGGCGGCGCCGCGGGUGGAGAAGGCGACAAGCCACCUGCUCAUGGGGCCCGACUGGGCCGUCAACCUCGAAAUCUGCGACAUCAUCAACGCCGACGUCUGGCAAACAAAGGAUGUGGUAAAGGCAGUGAAGAAGCGACUACAGAACAAAGACCCAAAAGUUCAGUUCUAUGCUUUGACGCUCUUGGAGACUAUGAUGAAGAAUUGUGGUGAAUAUGUUCAACUUGAAGUUGCUGAGCAACAUGUUCUGCAAGAAAUGGUGAAAAUCAUCCAGAAGAAGAAUGAUAUGUUAGUAAGGGAUAAAAUAUUAUUACUUUUGGACUCCUGGCAAGAAGCAUUUGGUGGACCUGGAAGUAAAUACCCACAAUAUCACUUUGCGUAUCUUGAAGUAAAGAGGAUAGGUGCCGUGUUCCCAAGGCGUCCUAUAGAUGCACCACCGAUAUUUACACCCCCGGCGACACAUACUUCUCAAAGCUAUGGUUCACCCAGAUAUGAGGCAGGAAGUCUGAAUGAGAUAAUGUCUUCCGAUGUUGAGACACUAAGUUUGGGUGACCUGAAUAACAUUCGAAAUGUGACAGAACUACUAUGUGAUAUGGUGCAUGCUUUGAAUCCAUCUGAUCACAUGGCUGUCAAAGAUGAAAUUAUCACAGAUCUUGUGAGCCAAUGUCGCUCAAACCAACAAAAGCUCAUGCAGUUUGUCAGCUCAACAGGGAAUGAACAGUUACUGAAGCAAGGUUUGGAGAUAAAUGAUCGGCUACAAAAUAUUAUUUCAAAAUAUGACAUUAUGGCCUCCAGUACUCAUUUAGCAGUUGAAGCACCUCCGGCAGACAAUGUUGAGGCUCCUAAAGAGGAUCCAGCAGAAAAGCCAUCUGCACCUCCUAUCAGCACUCUUGAGGAGGAGGAGGAGGAGGAGGAUGAGUUCACUCGACUAGCACAAAGAAAAAAUAAGUCUGUGAUGACUAGUGAUGAUUCAUUAUCUAGCACUGGAGACCUUGCCCUUGUACCCAUUGAUAUGGAAAGUUCAGAAUCUUCAUCUUCUGUUGCAAGCAAUGCUUUAGUUCCUGUUGACCCAGCUCUUGUCAGUAGCAGUCCUCAAACAAAAGAGCAGGAUAUGAUCGACCUUUUAAGCCUCACCUUGUGCAGUCCUACACAUGAAGCUUCUACAGAUUCUUCAACGCAGGGUCCUAAUGGACCUCAGCAGCCUGCAGUUACUGAUGGGCAGCACAACCCAUCGGGUGUGCCACAGUAUCCUUCAAACCACCAGUCGCAUCCAAUAAAUCAGGAAUAUAUUCGACAGAACAGAAACUAUGUUGCACCUUGGGCACAAAGUGGUCAAUAUUAUCCAGCACCACCAUGGGCUGCACCUCCAAGUGUCAAUUCUAAUCCUUUCCAGUCAGCUACUUACCAAGAACAACCCCCACCUGUUGGUUCUGUUUCCUCAACCUAUUCAGCUCCCUCAGCAUCAUAUACUUCCCCUUCAAUGGCAUAUGUGCCACCUUCAGCCUCAUUGCCGAUAUGGAAUGGUUCUACUACAAGUAAUGGACUAAGUGCAACACAAGCUCAAAUGAAUGGGAAUCAACAACCGCCAGGUUCUUCAGCGGCAGCAAGCAAACCUUAUUACAUACCUGACAAUUUAUUCAGUGAUUUGAUUGACUUGAAGGGUCUCAGUGGUGGAAAUAAGAUGGGCGUACCCACUAGCAUGGGUAGUGCAAAUGGUGGUCAACCUACGAUUGGUGGAAAGAAGUAGGUUUCUCUAAUUGGUUGGUGGUGCCGUGGUGAACGUUAGGAAUUCUGAUCACUCAGUUUGGUGUACAUUUCAUGUAUAUCUCCCUUGCCCCAUUUACAUGUUUGGUUACAUUGGUUCAUUUCAUGGCUGCUGACUGUUCAGUCGAGUAGAGAUGGUAUACCAUUAUUACUGUACAUAAAUGAUGAGUUGCGCAUUGCCUUGUUUUUACUUCGCGACUCAUAUUUUGAUAUGUUUGGCUUCUCAUUAUUGAGCACACGCAUGAAAUCGUGUUCGUCCAGGAUAUUAAAUCCUGUUCGUGCGUUGUUAUUCUCCAGCA